CAGCACUUUUUGAGCAGCAGAGCGAAAAUUGGAGAGAGCAAGACAGAGAGAGGCAUUGUGCCAUGUAGGCAUUGUUACUGCCCAGGCUGCACCUACAAAAGAUGGACUCCUCAGGAGCCGCAGCAGAACAUGUCGGGAGCCCUGCUGCCACCACCUGUGACGGUGCUCCCCAGGGAAAGCCUUCCCCCAGCUCUCCCCUCGACCCCAGAGCAGGGCAGACCCCAUGCUGGGAAGAAGAACCCGAUCUCCUGGGACAGCAGGACUUGGGCCACACAUGUUCGCCAGCCCACCCAAAUGUCUUGUCAUCUUCAGCGGGGAAGGAGGGAACUGCAUUGCAGCAGCCACAAAAAGCUCUCUUCCUGAAGAUAAUAAUGAUCAGACAAAGGACUGGACUUCCUGAUUCUCAGCUGGAGGAGUAUUUGAAAGGGAGACUCCGUCUCCUGGAGAAUGACAGCCAACGGGCCAUGGUGGUUUUUAGUAAGAAGUGUGUGAUUCCUCUUUGCUUUCCUCAGGAGUUGUCGGCCAGAUUACUGUCCAUUCACAGUGAAGACCAUCUCAUCGCAGUAACAUUUUGGACCUUGGAGGAAAUCUGGAAGUUUAUAACUUACUAUUCUCUUGGUUUUUUAAAUCACUGCAUGGAGAAUCUGUUGCUGGAAGACUAUUUCUGGCUCUCUUCGCCAGAAGAAGCUGCUGGAAUUGAGGUCCUUCUGGAUGAAGAAUGUCUCAAUGCAGUGUACAGAGGACUCUUAAUUCAAGAAGGUGCCUAUUUUGGGUUUUGCCCUGCAAACGUCAGCGCAGAUGUUCCAAGAACCAUUUGCCAGGUGGAAUUGGCAGCUCUGGAGCAAGCCCAGGACGGGCACACCACAGACACCUCGGAGCCCCUGGUGCCUUUCCAUCAGUGGUUUCUGAAAGCAAACACAGCAUCCGAUGGUUUAGCUGGCAUAACUGCACUUCCAGUUACGGAUCAAGCUGCCGCAGGAUUUUCUGUCGCAGUCGUUAGCCAUGAAAGCGUAGUGCCGGACGAGAUUAGUUUCCAAAAAGGAGAUAAAAUUGAAAUUGUUGGCUAUUUUAUGAAAUGCAUGCCUUGGUUUGUGGGAAGACAUAUCACUACCGGCCAAGUUGGUUUUGUGCAGAGCAGUUCUGUCGAGCCUGAUGGCUUCAUGAACAUCGUCACAGAACUUCCGUAUCUGGAUUUCUUCAAAGAUGAUGAUUCCUAUUUCAUGAAAGAAGAAUCCCUUUUGGAGGAUAACCUGACAAGGCUCUUGACACAAACUUCCCACAACAGCGUUUGCAGCAUCUAUCAAAUAGAUGCGCAGAAUGACGCUGACCUUCAGAAGCCUCGUGAGCAAGAAAUGCCACAUUCCUUCUUUAACAAAAGGGAGAGUCCAACCCCAUGCAGGGUGGUGCAGUCACUAAUGAAGAUGAAGAGCUUUCAGUCGACUGACAAUCAGAAAAAGCAUCUCCCCACUUCUGACAGGCAGGAACCUCCUAUUCUGCAGAAGCAAUGUUUCUGCGUGCGCCAAGACAGUACUUCUGGGCCAGAAAUUCCUGAUUCGUUAUUGUUGUUUUUGAAUCAGGAAGGCUACGAAGCGGGCUUUGGAAGUCUGUAUGACCCUUCAUUUUCCUUUCUCAAGACACUCUUCCAGGGCGAUGCCACUGAAGAAGAGCUGGUGGGUUACUUGGCCCGGGCUCGGGCAGUGGCCAGACAAGCCGACCUGCCCCGGGCCAUGACGCGGCUCUGCUAUCUGCUGGGAAGAAUGAGUGUCCGGAAGUUCAAACUUUCUCAGGCUCGAGUAUAUUUUGAAGAAGCUCUGGCAAUUGUACGAGGGGAUUUUCAUGACCUCCGCCUUAUAGCUACUCUUUAUACCAAUCUAACAGGCAUUUACCUGAAACAGAAGAAUAUGGAGAAAUGUGCUUGCUUUCUUGACAAAGCUGCUGCUUUGCUGAUGGGCAUGGCCAGUGACUUAGACAGUACGGAGAUGGCGCUGGAUAUCUUGAAAUAUGCUUUGAAAAGAGCUGUGCUCAGUCAGAGCAGAAACGCAGAAGCCAGGGCCUGUUUCCUGCUAGCAAAGCAUUACCUGAGCUUUAAGCGAGGGGAGGAAGCUCUCCCCUUUCUGGAAAGGCUGCAGCAGCUGCUGAAUAAGGGCCAGGGGCUGCCGAAUGGCAGCGCAUCCGUGGACUGCUAUUGGAAGCUGGGCCAGCUCUACAGCCAGAAGUGCCUGCCCCACCUUGCGCUAAGCUGCGCCAAGGUGGCCUCUUCUCACAGCUCCUGUACUGUGCUGGAGUUGUUCAGAAGCAUCGAUUUAGUGUUAAGAAAUGCUUCCAAACUCCACCAUCCCACAUCUGUGGGACAAACACACCCUUCCCAAAUGGCAUUUUAUCUCAGAGAACUGCUUUAUGCACUGGAAAGUAGCAGGGGAAGCCAAAAGCUGCGCAGCAUCAUUUACUAUGAACUGUCUCAGCUACAUAGCCAUUACAAACAGUACGAAAAAGCAAUUGGCUACAUGGAGGAGGUUUUAGACCUAAACACAUGUGCAAGCGUGGAAGACACCAUUAAUCACUUCAUUUUCCUCAGCUGGCUCUAUAUACUCCAUCAGCAGAACGAGGUGGCUCUAUACAUUUUAAAUGCUGUCACAGAGACUACCAGGAGCACCCGCCAGCAGUUAGGUGUUGUUCAUAACAUGGCUGCCAUCAGUCUGAGACGAAUGAACUGCCCCAGGCAAGCCACUGAGAGCUAUUUUAAAGCCCUGAGCAUUUCUAGAGAGAUGGGAAGCGCAGCUAAUGAGGCAGUGGCUUUGGCCAACCUUGGGAUGCUUUGCCUGCAUUCGUCUGCCCAAGGCCUGGGAGAGCAUUUCUUAAUGAAAGCCGUCCAGCUCUUCUCUGAACUCUCCAGCAGAGAAUGUGGGGGAAGCUUCACAGCCAUUCUACUCAGGCUAGGGUGCCACUACGCCAGUGGGAUCCAUAAGGAUAAAGGGCGGUGUUGUUACGAAUGGGCCUUUCUGGUGGCAAUGGAACUCGAUGAUGUGGAAGGGCAGCUCCAGGCUGUUCAGCAUCUGUGUCAGUUCUACAGCACGGUUGUCCCAGAUCCAGCGCAGUGUGUCCUCUACAACGAAUGUCAGCUCACCUUGGUUAGGAAAACAUCUGAUAAGGUCAUGGAAGGACAGGUGCUAGAAACCAUCAGUCAGCUCUAUCUGUCUUUAGGAACGGAAAGGGCAUGCCGGUCCGCCCUGGACUAUCUCAAGAGAAGCCUCGGGAUAUUCAUUGAUCUUCAAGCCAAAGAUAAGGAAGCGCAGGCGUGGCUUCAGGCAGGAAAGAUAUAUUAUGCGCUGAGGGAGAACGAGCUGGUCGAUGUUUAUAUCCAGGUUGCUCACAAUGCUGCUCUGUGUACUCGGGAUCCUAAUUUAGAAAUGGAAAUGCUUGAAGCUUCAGGAGACAUCUUUUUCAACGGAGACUGGGAAAAGGAAAGAGCAGCGCCCUUCUACAGGGACAAGGCUCUACCACUUGCUGUGAAAGCUAAAAACAGCAGCGCUGAACUUCGGCUCUUCAACAAGUUGGUUGGGUUGUUCUUAACCUUACAGAAGUAUGAUGAAUGUCUAGGAUACGCCCAAACAUCCUUAAUGCUCAGUGUCAAUUUAGGAGAUCAGUUAAGUGAACGAGUGGCCUAUCACCGCCUGGCAGUCAUCCACCAUCACUUGGGGCAGUGCGAACUCGCUGAGCAUUUCUUCCUAAAAGCAGUUUCCCUGUGUCCCUCCCCUCUUGAGUUUGAUGAGGAAGCCCUCUAUUACGUCAAAGUUUACCUUCUCCUGGGAGACAUCACCUUCUAUGAUCUGAAGGAUCCUUUCGACGCUGCAGGAUACUAUAAUCUGGCCCUGGCUGCUGCCAUGGACUUGGGGAACAAAAAGGCGCAGCUGAAGAUUUACACGAGACUUGCCAUAAUUUACCACAAUUUCCUCGUGGACCGGGAGAUGUCCCUCUUCUUCUAUCAGAAAGCAAGAGCCUUCGCCACCGAGCUCAACAUCUGCAGAAUAAACCUCUCUCCAGACCAGGCUCUGAGGGCAAGGUGGGCUCCCAGGAGGAAGGCCCUGUGAGGCUCCCCGAGGGCGUUUGCUGGGGGCCUGGUGGGGUGGGCAGGAACCGACCACCCUUUCUGCCCUCUGAGAACAGAGCUGCGGUUCCAGCAGCAGCAGCAGCAGCAGCAGCAGCAGCACUCAGGGCCAGCUUCUCCUCCACCCCCCCCCGAAGGAAACAAGGGCAAAGUCAGGAAACAGCCUCAGGGAUGAUCCCAGGAGCAGCUGGCUAUGAAGCCGCGGAACGGUUGAAGCCAGAAAACCGGUGCGUUCAAAUGAAAGAGUUAACUGAAAAUAAUAAAUAUGCUAA